UUUAGCCACUUAAUUUAUUUUUUGGCUGACAAAACUUGGGCCCACCUCUCUCUCUCUGUAUGUAUAUUUUAACCUAAAAAAUCUCACCAUUUCCAUGAAUUAACUCCAUCUACACUGAAUCUACCUCACUAUACAACAUUUUGAAGAACUUGACGACAGAUUUGAAUCUGGUUGACAGCGAUUCAUAGGCAAAAGUCGUGAUUUGAAGAGCGAACUCUAGAGUUAUGGAGAGGAAAGGAGGAAAUACAGUUCCCAGUUCACCAUCGCACACCCCGAGAUCCACUGACAAGGCAGUAAGAGAUCUCCGACAUGUAGAAGGAAAUAUGAGUGGUAAACAUGAUAAAGAAAAAGGCGUGAAUGUUCAGGUUGUUGUGCGUUGCAGACCAAUGAAUGCUGAUGAGGAGAAAUUGCACACACCCAUGUUAUUACAUGUUCAGAAAACAAGAGGGAAGUAUGUGCAGUUCAGAAUAUAGCUAACAAGCAGAUUGAUAGAUCAUUUCUGUUUGACAAGGUCUUUGGUCCAAAAUCCCAACAAAAGGACUUAUAUCAUUCAGCAGUAUCUCCCAUAGUUUUUGAAGUUCUUGAGGGAUACAACUGCACUAUAUUUGCUUAUGGCCAGACUGGAACUGGGAAAACAUACACAAUGGAAGGAGGAGGGAGGACUCAGAUAAGUAGCAGCAGUCAUGUGGCUAUUAGAUGGUCGGUGAGGUUCACCGGAGACGACAAAUGGUGGUCAAUGAUUAAACAAACAACUCAAUCCCCUUAUUUGUUGAUAUGAAUCUAGUUACAGCAGGAGUACAGGACCUCUAUUUGCAAGUGGGUUUCAGGGAGAGAGUUAGAGAGAGAGAGAGAGUAUGGGAAAAUUCAAAGUCAAUAUAAGAAAAUUGGUCAACAAAUGUCAAUGUGUCAAAGAAGUAACCGGCUGACCCCUUCACUUUGGCCAAAAGGAUGUAAUCGACCCGACAAAAACAACUUCGUGCCCUCAUAAGGCCACAAAAAUUGUUUAGGGACUAAAAGGAUAAACCCUAGAAAGUUUGUAGGGCAUUUGUGUCAUUUUCCGUUUUUUUAAUGGGAUAAGGAUGAAGUUUGAUUUAGAUUCUAGCGGAAGAUAUUUUUUGAUAAAAUUAUGUAAUUGGUCAAAAUAGUUUGACAAAACGAAUAUGAUGCGAUAUCUCGAGGACAAUUAUGAUAUA